AUGUUGCUUAAAGCUUCAAACCUUAAAGUAUUAGAAAAGAAAAAAAAAAUCUUCAACUCUUCUCAUCUCAUCGCAUCGAAUAUGAAAGGAAGAAUCAUAAACAGAGUAUCCGAAGCCCAACUCCAGUCCAUACCAGCAAUGUCUGACGCUGAUUCUAUCGAAGUGCACCCUGUGGUAUUUCCACCGGAAGUUCUUGCUCGAAUUUUACCUGAUCUUUCGUUGCAAAGACACCUUUCAUUAGAAACUAGACCAUGUUCAAGAAGAUUUGAGGAAUUCAGAGAGAUAAAAUUAAGCGAUGGUAAUAUAUUCCGCUAUAGUGGAAAUGCUUCAAAUAACGGAUCUAAUGAUGUAAUUGGAUCUAAUGUUCUUCGUGCUGGUAAGACUUUCAUAAUGACCUCUAUAACAGGUGGUAUUAUAGAAGAGACAUUAUCUGCUGGUAGCAAUGACAUUGGCGAGGAAGAACUAAUCGAAAUAGCAACAGAAGAGAAUAAGCUAUCAGAAAAUGCAACCGUAUUUCCUGUAGUCGAAGUUCAUCGUGGCCGUGUCGGUGGCCCUACUGAUGAAGAAAUGAUAACAUCUGAGAAGCUUCACAAAACACUUUUACACUCUGGUCUUCUCAAGAAGAAAGCAUUAGCUGUGUCAUGUGGAAUUCGUAGAACGGAUGAGAAUGGAAAUGUGUCGAUAAUAUAUGACGAUGAAGCAUUGGAAGAAGAUAAGAAAAUCAAUGAAUCUAUCAAUAGAAAGUGGUCUUACGUGUUGUAUGCAAAAAUCCAAGUCUUUAGUCGUAGUGGCCCAAUAUUUGAUUUAUGCUGGAAUUCUUUGAUAAGUGCAUUGAAAUCAGUAAAACUACCAAGAGCAUUCCUAGACGAACGAGCUGCAGAUCUUAAAAUUGCAGUGAGAACAAGAGGACGCAGCAUGACAAUUCGUGAAACGUAUGACAUCCUUUGCGAUCCUAAGAAAUAUCUACCAUUAGAACUAAAUGAAUCUCAACUAGCGUUUGGAUCUAAUUUCGGAAUAGUUGAUAUAGAUCCUCUAGCUGAACUUGAUCAUGAGGAAGAAUCGAAUGCCGACAAAAUGGAAGUCACUGACAAAAAGUCCGUCUUACUAGCUGAUAUCGAAACUGAAGCAGAAGAAACAUCAAUCCAAUCUACGUUGACCUUUAUUACAAGUAAAGACGGUAUGAUGAAAAAUGCGACAGUCAUUGGUGGUGGAUCUAAGAUUACUCCUUCAAUGAUUAGAAGAUGUAUUACUCUAUCUAAGCAGCGGGCUGAUGACAUCCAAUCAAAGAUAUAA